AUGGCCUACGUGCGGGGCACACAGGCGCCGAUGGACGUGGAGCCCAAUCGGCCGUCGAUCUUUGAUAGCCCCGUGCAAGAUGUGGGCGACGUCUCGCUGAUGGAUGUCGAAGAGAGCGCGCCAGCGACGCAGGCGCCCUCGUUUACCGAGCUGCGUCUCGAGGCGCAAGGGGCGGUGCCAGGCAUGCGCCUUCCGCCGCGUGAAGAGAAAAAGCUGGAAGAAGUCCCGAAAGAGGUGCCGUCGCCGAAGGUCGAGGAGCCCGAGGCGCCCGAGGAGGCACCGGAAGAGCCGGAGGAGGAAAGCACGCUCGUGCUGCGCAAACAGCCUACGCUCCCGAGCUCGCGCAAGGCGUUGCAGCAUCGCUCGUUCAGCGCGCGUGCGCGCGACUACCUGCAAGGACGGCGCGUCGACGGCGAGCCGCGGCCCAAGCUGCUCGAGCGCCCCGAGGUCCUCUUGACCUACGCGCAAGUGAUCUUUAACGCAAGCAUCCUCGUCGUUUUCCUCUACCUCUUGUUUUGCAUGGUGUACACGAUCCAGCGCGACGUGUCGCAAAAGGUGCACGAGUACGAAAUUGAAUAUCUCGGCGAGAUUGCCGCAUGCAAUGCAGCCUACCAGGCGAACCGCUGCGGGACAGACAUGCAGGCCCCGGCCCUGACCGAGGCGUGCGCGACGUGGCAGCGGUGUGCGGCGCGCGACCCGACCGUCGUGGGGCGCGCGCGUGUCACGGCAGAGACCUUUGCCGAGAUCCUGAAUGGAUUCGUGGAUGCUGUGAGCUGGAAGACUAUGCUCUUUUCGCUGCUUACCUUGUCGAUUGUUGUCGGAGCGACCAACUCGACGCUGUCCUUCUUCCGCGGCUCGGCGACAAAGAGCGAGCCCACGUACGCGCCAAACUACUCCGCGCCGUACUAUGCACAAUACGCGCUGCCGCCGGACUGGGAGGGCGGAUCGCAUGCUCCCCACAGGACAUGGACGGAAAAGCUGCCGAUUAACACGUACUUGAUCUCGCAUCCCGAGGGCUACAUCCUCUUUGACACGGGCGAGUCGCCUAGGUGCAAAGAGCCUGGCUUUUUCCCGUGGUGGAAUCCCGUAUUUCACAUCUCGGUGGAUCUGGAUGUACCCCAAGAUGUCGGCAUUGUAAGCCUACUUAAGCAGCGCAACCUCGAGCCGGCGGACGUCAAGACCGUGGUCCUCUCGCAUCUGCACCACGAUCACGCAGACGGCAUCUCUGACCUCCCGCACUCGAACUUCUUUGUGAGCCCAGAUCACUGGAACGCGUUCAAAAAUCCGCUCCUGGCGACGCUGGAAGGCGCGCUGCCAAAGCAAUGGCCCAAAGGAUGGAAACCGAAACUGCUCUCCCAGACAGACAAGCCCGUCGGCCCGUGGAAAACUAGCUACCCCAUCACUAGUGACGGACGUGUGGUGGCAGUCGAUACGCCAGGACACGUUCCCGGCCAUGUUUGCUUGGUCGUCUAUGGCGACAAUGCAACCUACGUGCUGGGCGGCGACGUCGCCAUCGACCAAGAACUGCUAGAUCGGGAAUGGACGGACGGCAUCAAUGCAAACCCCCUGCAGGCCGCCGCAUCGCUCCAAAAAAUCAAGGCCUUUGCACACGAACAGCCCAUUGUGCUCUUGCCUGCCCACGACCCCGACUCGGCCGCGCGCCUCGCCGGCAAUGUGGUCUACACGCCUGGCUAUAGCAGUGACAUUACGCCCAAGGUGUAUCCCGAUGGGCACGCAUGGCUGAUCAUGGUUUUUCUGGGACUCCUCGCCGUGCUCCUGUACCACCGCCGCCGGUCUGUUGCAUAG